UGGUCUGUGUGGUUUUAGGAGUCUGGGCUCAGAUUUCACUAUGUUGCUGCCGGGGAACGAGGAAAGCCACUUAUGCUGUUUCUGCAUGGAUUCCCUGAGUUUUGGUUCUCCUGGCGUCACCAGCUGAGGGAAUUUAAGAGCGAGUUCCGUGUCGUUGCCGUGGAUAUGCGAGGCUACGGGGAGUCUGACCUGCCCUCCUCCGCUGAGAGCUACCGACUGGACUACCUUGUCACAGACAUCAAGGACAUUGUGGAGUAUCUGGGAUACAACAGAUGUUUUCUCGUGGGGCAUGACUGGGGUGGCAUCAUCGCAUGGCUCUGUGCAAUUCACUACCCUGAAAUGGUGACUAAACUCAUAGUGCUGAACAGUCCUCACCCCUGUGUGUUCACUGAUUAUGCCCUUCGUCACCCCAGUCAGAUGCUCAAGUCAAGUUACUACUUUUUCUUCCAGUUGCCACAUUUUCCAGAGCUAAUGCUCUCCAUCAACGAUUUCAAGGCGCUGAAGAAUCUCUUCACCAGCCGCAGCACAGGCAUCAGUUGUAAAGGUCGCUGGCUCACCACAGAAGACCUUGAAGCAUACCUGUAUGCCCUCUCACAGCCAGGGGCCCUCACAGGGGCCCUAAACUACUUCAGAAAUGUCUUCAGUGUCCUCCCACUGAGUCAAAGUGAGGUGAAGUCUCCUGUAUUGCUGCUGUGGGGAGAGAGAGAUGCCUUCCUGGAGCAGGACAUGGCCGAGGCCUGCCGUCUGUACAUCAGAAACCAUUUCCGCCUCAACAUCAUCUCUGGAGCCAGUCACUGGCUGCAACAAGACCAGCCAGACAUCGUCAAUACACUCAUAUGGACUUUUAUUAAGGAGGGAGAAGGUCGUAAAAACUACAGGAACUUAUAAUGGGGUCCUUCGCUCUCUAAGCUUGUCUGAAGAGGGGGACCAGGGAAAUGCCUGUGAACAAUAACCAAUGUAAUGAUUAAUGCAAUCCUCGUUUUAAAUUUGAUACAUUUAAGAUAUAGAAACAAACUUCAGUGAAGCGGAAAAGAACAAAAGCACAUUUUAAUUGGAGGGGUUACGUAGAGAGUAGUACGUUUAAUCUAUUUUUCUCAAGUUUGCACAUGACAUUCGCCUUAAGGUUUCUUGGUGACAGUGUUUAAAAGUGUGUUGCAAAAUAUCUGUGAGUAAGUUGUAAAGUGUGGUGCCUUUCAACAUAUCAUUUUGCAGCUUAAAAGUUGUGCCAUGUCGUUUCAAGACCAAGCAGUGGGGUUGUCAGCCAUUUGUAUCAUCAGUUUUGAUACUCUCUAACACAGUCUAAGGGAGUCCUAAACCCCUUCACAUCUCUAUCAGGUAGUGUUGUCUUAGUGGAAAAUAUUGUUCCUCUUCUUUUUUGUAUUUUUUACAAUAUUGGCUUAAACGUUUGAGAAUGUCAUUAUUUUGAUCCUCCUGUAUGAUAAAACAAAGUGAUGUUUCAAUAUUGUGCACUUUUUUUGUAUCUCUUCCUAAACACUGCAUCUGAGAAAAUAGAACCAGCUCCAUUUUGAUUUUAUAAUAAAUAGGCUUAAUAGUG